GAGACAACGUACAGGAAGAGCUGUCCUGUGGAAAUCGUCAGUUGUACCCAAUGUUCACCAGGAGAUCACACUCCUUUGCUGGAGCCGGGGGCUGCCGGUUCAGCUGGAAACUGCAGUGCUUCUGGAUGACGUUUUCCCCUCCUCCCACUGAAUCAGCCUUUUAUUUACCCAUUGGAAUGCAAAGUAACAGGACACCCUGACAUGAACAACCUGGAGGAAGGGGUGGAGUUCCUCCCUGCCAUGAACACCAAGAAGAUGGAGAAGCGUGGCCCGAAGCGAAGGGUAGUUGUGACCAUUCUGAUCAUUGCUUUUCUGCUCAUCUCCCUUGUCACUGGCCUCCUGGUUUGGCACUUCAAAUACAGGAACGCGCCUGUGCGGAAAGUCUUCAAUGGCCACCUGCGAGUUCUGAACUGGGAAUUCAUCGAUGCCUAUGAGAACUCCAGUUCUCCAGACUUCAUCAUGCUGGCUAAGAAGGUGAAGAGCACGGUAGAGGAUAUCUACAGGAGUCAUCCAGAUAUUGGCCCUUACCAUAAGGAGACAAUAAUAACUGCGUUCAGCGAAGGCAGUGUCAUUGCCUACUACUUGUCAGAGUUCAUCGUCCCCAAGUACCGCGAGGAGAAUCUUGAAAGGGCCAUGGCAGACAAGCAGAAUUUGGUCCAGAGGCUGAACCCACGGCUGCGAAACCCCACGCUGAAGGUGGAGUCAGUCAUCGCUUUCCCUGCCGACCCCAGCAUCGCUCAGAAUCCUCGGGACAAUAGUUGCCUUUUCGCCCUCCAUGCCAAGGAAGGGGAGAUCACCAGUUUCACCACGCCGGGGUUCCCCCACAGCCCGUACCCUAACAAUGCACGCUGCUACUGGGCACUGAGGGCAGAUGCCAACUCCAUCAUCAGCCUGACCUUCAAGACACUGGACUUGGAGCAGUGCACAGACAGCAGUGACUACAUCAAGGUGUACAACUCUCUGAGCCCUGUGGAGCCCCAUGCUUUGGUGAGGCUCUGUGGGAACUAUGCUCCUUCGUACAACCUGACCUUCCUGUCCUCCCAGAACGUUAUGCUCGUCACGUUGAUUACCAACAAGGAGGGGAGAUUCCCUGGCUUUAAGGCUGAAUUCUUCCAGCUCCCGAAGAUGAAAGUGUGUGGUGGAACUCUAAGAGGAGAGAGUGGCACUUUCACCACUCCCUAUUACCCAGCACACUACCCACCAGCCACGGACUGUGUCUGGAACAUAGAGGUUCCCUCUAAAAAGAAUGUGAAGGUGCGUUUCAAUAUGUUCUUUGUGCUGGAGCCCGGGGUCCCAGUCAGCUCCUGUACCAAGGACUAUGUGCAGAUCAACAACACGAGGUACUGUGGGGAACGUUCCCAGUUUGUGGUGGCCAGCAGCACCAACAAGAUAGCAGUGCAGUUCCACUCAGACCGUUCCUACACGGACACUGGUUUCUCUGCAGAAUACCUGUCCUACGACUCCAGCGACCCCUGCCCUGGCAAGUUUGCCUGCAACACCGGGCGCUGCAUUGAGAAAAGCAUGCGCUGCGACGGGUGGUUGGACUGCGUUGAUGGCAGUGAUGAGCGGUCCUGCACCUGUACUGACCAGCAGUUCAAGUGCCAGAAUGGCUGGUGCAAGCCCAAGUUCUGGCUUUGUGACAACGUGAAUGACUGCGGUGACAACAGUGAUGAGUUGCAGUGCAGUUGUGCAAACAACAGCUUCAAGUGCAGCAAUGGGAAGUGCAUCCUCAGCACACAGAAGUGUGAUGGCAAGGACGACUGCGGAGAUGGGAGCGACGAGGGCACCUGCAGCAAAGCAACCCAGUCAACAGUUGCCUGCAAACAGUACACAUACAAGUGCCGCAAUGGGCUCUGCAUCAGCAAGCAGAACCCAGAGUGUGAUGGGCAGAAUGACUGCGAAGACAAUUCUGAUGAGGACAACUGCAACUGCGGGACCCGCUCCUACAUUAGGAAAUCACGGAUCGUUGGUGGGCAGAACUCAGAUGUGGGAGAGUGGCCAUGGCAGGUCAGCCUCCAUGCCAAGAGUCAGGGCCACGUCUGCGGAGCCUCACUCAUCUCGGAGACCUGGCUGGUGUCAGCAGCACAUUGCUUCCUGCAGAUUCAAGGCAUCAGGUACUCAGAUGCCAGCCUGUGGACAGCCUACCUGGGCCUGACCAACCAGAGCAAACGCAACGACGCCAACGUGCAAACGAGGCAAAUCAAGCGCAUCAUCUCCCACCCCUACUUCAAUGACUACACCUACGACUACGAUAUUGCUGUGAUGGAGCUGCAGAACCCUGUCACCUUCUCCUCUGUUGUCCAGCCCAUCUGCCUGCCCGAUUCCACGCACAACUUCCCCGUGGGCAAAGAUCUGUGGGUGACCGGAUGGGGAGCGACUGUGGAAGGAGGCAGUGGAUCCACCAUCUUGCAGAAAGCAGAAAUCCGGGUUAUCAAUCAGACUAUCUGCAACCAGCUGCUGACCGACCAGCUGACGCAGCGCAUGAUGUGUGUGGGGGUCCUGACGGGCGGCGUGGACGCGUGCCAGGGAGACUCGGGAGGACCCCUGGUCAGCGUGGAGGACAGCGGGCGGAUGUUCCUGGCUGGCGUUGUGAGCUGGGGUGAUGGCUGUGCACAGAGAAACAAGCCUGGAGUCUACAGCCGGCUGACAGCACUGCGGACGUGGAUCAAGGAGCAGACAGGGCUCUAGGGAUGUGCACAACCCCCAGACACAGCCAUCUGUGCACAGCACCGGGUGGUGGGGACAACGCGGGCUGUGAGGCACUGCCUGAGGAGCUGCCUCCAUUGUGAGCCUCUACCUCACUGCAUCUGAGACUCCCAACCUUGGGCUGCUGGGUGAGCACAGCCCUCAGUACUUCAUCCUCCCAAAGCCACAUCUCCACCCCUUGAUUUCUCUUUUAUGGGUAAGCGAAUGCGGUUCCCACGACAAACUGGAAUGAACAGUCAUUCAAGAGAGAAUUAAACUUGGAAUUUUUUAUUUA